UCAAAACCCUCCUACCUAGGCCAUUAUGAUUGUCCUUUUUUCAAUAAGUCUUUUCAUUUAUAUAAAUAUAAAUAUAUACAGGCAGACAAUCCAGCUAGUAGUUAAAAACAUCUCUCUCACACUCUCUCUCUCCCUCUCUCUGUUUUGCUUCUGACCUCUAUUUCAAGCCCUUCCAACUAGAAACUGAAUCAAGGCAUGGCAAAGGAAACAGAUCUAAAGAAGAUUGAAUUGAAAGUUUCAGUCAACUGUUGUGACGGAUGCAAGAAGAGAGUAAAGAAAGCACUACGAAGUAUUGAAGGGGUUUACAAGACAGAAAUUGACCCUUUGCAGCCCAAAGUUAUAGUUCUAGGAAAUGUGGAGCCACAAACUGUAAUAAGGAAGCUAGUAAAAGCUGGAAAACAGGCAGAAAUAUGGAGCAAUGAGAAUCAGAAAGCAGGAAAGGAAAAGGAUGUAGAAGUUGUGAUUACAAAAGAGCAACACAAAGAAGAAUCAAAAUCAGAGGGUGCCCCAGCAAAAUGCUCAAAUUCAAGUACCACUCCCAUUCGUAUGAUCAAAGAAAGUAUAACUGGAGGCCAGGAAGGUAGUAACAAAUCCCCUAAUAAGGAUACAAACUGCACAGCCAAUGCACCUGGCCCCAAAGUCAUUACAAGUGAAAAAGUUCUUUCCCCACGCCCAGAAGUAACUUGUUCUGUGCAUCCAAGCAUGUUGUCUGACAAGGGUAAAGCCAGGACAAAUAUAGAGGAUGGCAACAUGGUCGAGUCUAGCACUACUGUUUCACCUUGUUAUGCAGCACAUUCACAUCAAGCACCUCCUUGUUUGCCAACAUGUUGCAGCCAAGAACACUACUGCCACUACCACCACUACUGCUACCAUGGAGGGCCAGAAUCUCAACCAUAUAUCCAGAUGCCAGUUGUGACAGUUGGAGAGUAUUUCAGUGAUGAGAACACCUCUGGAUGCAAUGUGAUGUGAGUCUCCAGUGCUCAAUUUUAGGAAGAAGAGAGUGCUUUCUUCUCAUUUGAACGUCAGGAAAAUUUCAAUACUAGGGUUUAUGGAUGAACCGCCAAAGCUUUUUGUAGUCUCUUACUUAAUGAGUUUCUAUUCCAGUAGACAGCCACAUUCACAAAGAUUUUACCUAUUUAACAUUUCUCAUCAUCAUGAGUAAUCUUGUCUCAUCA